AUGGAUACUUCCGUUUACAGUCAUGCCUUUGAAUUAUGGUCAGAAGCAGAUUUGACCAAGUUGCAAGAAUCGUUAGAUUCUAAGGUUCUUGAAGUGAAAGAGAAAGAAACUAGUUCAUUAGAAUCAAGGAAAUUCCUGGCAACAGAGACUAAAAAAUUUAAGAAACUACAAGAUGAUGAGAAAUUAGCUCAACUUAAUAAGAUAAUUAAACAUUAUCAACAUGAGGUAGAUAAUUUGACGCAAAGAUCAAAAUUCUCUGAAGAUAUCGUCAUCGAAGUUUACUCAAGACUAUCGGAGGCUCCUGAUCCUAAACCUUUAUUACAAAAUUCAAUAGAUAAAUUAUCGAAGAUUGAAGAUUCUAAAGCUUUAAAGGAAAAAAUUGCCCAUUUAGAAGACUCAUUGGCCAAAUAUGCUGAUUAUGAUACUAUGAAAUCAAGACUUUUGGAUUUAGAACAAAAUUCUGCGGUCACGUUGUCCAAGAGAAUUACUGCAAAGGAACAAGAAUUAAAUUCUACAUGGGAAGAGAAGGAGAGAAAUUGGAAAGAUAGAGAAAAUGAAUUAAAUAAACAACUCAAUUCUUUACAAAUGACAAAUAAGGUGUUGUCAACGAAAUUGGCCAAUUAUGGAGAAGAAGCUGUUGAAUCAACAGGAGAUAACCAAGGUAAUUUUAACAAUACUAAUAAUACAACUACCCCAAAAAGUAGCACAGAGUUCAAUCUCCUUGUUCAAGAAUUAGAAUCCGCCCAAUCAAGAAUCAUGCAAUUAGAAGAAAGAAAUGUCACUUUGAAUACAAAAUUGACUAAGGCCACAAGCGAAGAAGAAAAAGAAGCCCAUUUACAUGCGAAAGAAUUGAAGAUAAAUCAACUUGAAAGUGAAAACGUCUUGUUAAGUGCUUCUUUUGAAAGAGAAAGAAGUGAAUUAAGCAAAAUUAAAGAUGAAUUGCAAGAUCAAAUCAAAGAAGUUAAAAAUGAAUCCAUUUCCGUUAAAUCUGAGUUAGAGACCGUUAGAAGAAAGUUAAAUAAUUACUCGGAUUAUAAUAAGAUUAAAGAGGAACUUUCUGCUUUGAAGAAAAUCGAAUUUGGUGCUGAUGAUACUGAUGAAGAUGACGAUGAUGUAGUCAUUGUGAAUAAUGUCGAAGGUAAGAAGUUAGACACUUCAUUACUCUCAGCCAACAAGAAAUUACAAUCCAACUUGGCUGAAUUACGUGUUGAGAAUAUGAAUUUUAAAAAUAUGAAUAAGGAUUUGAAUUCUCAAUUAAUGAAGCUUAAAUCCAGAGUUCAAGAAGUAGAAGCUCAAAAUGCCAAAUUAGAAUUAGAUCUAGAAAGUGUAGACGAUAUAAGCCAAAAUUUUAAUGACACUGCUAGUAUGAUAUCAGGUGUUACGCGACAAAUGAACAACCGAACUGGUAAAUUAUCACCAACUAGUUCAAUUGUAGGUAUACCAGAAGAUAGAGAGUUUUCUGCCUCGACAAACAAUUCUACAAUUUUGCCAAUCAUAACCAAACAAAGAGAUAGAUUCCGCACCAGAAAUAUGGACUUAGAGAAACAAUUGAGAUUAGGUAAUAAUGAAAAGACCAAACUAUUAGCUGAUAUCAAUAAAUUGAAAUCUCAAAAUACGAAAUUAUAUGAACGUAUCAGAUAUCUUUCAAGUUUUGCAAAUACUGAUAAUCAAGGCAAGGCACUACUUGAUAAUUCAGAUAUGUUAGAUACUGAAGCACAAUAUUCAACAGUUUAUGAAGAAUCAUUACAUCCAUUAGCCAAUUUCAAGAACAAAGAAUUAGAACACUAUAAGAAAAAUAAAUUGUCGGUCUUAGAGAAAUUAUUCCUAUCGCUCGCAAGAGUUAUAUUACAGAAUAAAACUACAAGAGCGGCCUUUUUGUUCUACUGUUUAGGACUUCAUGGGUUAGUCUUCAUGAUGUCAAUGUAUGUUAUAAAUUUAAGCGGUUAUUUGACGCCCGAAGUGGGUAUCGUUCAGUCAACGACGUCUUCCUCUUCAUUUGGUCUGAAGGAUUUUGAUAAUCCCCUAGGUUCCCCUCCGGGCGCUUUCGACCAUUAA